GACGUGGCAGCAUUAGAGGACAGAAAGGAUUCUUGCUUGGGAGUCACAAACAGAUAGAUUCACACCUCUUGUCUCAAGAACGACAAGAAUUUAGAAACGCUUUCCUUAAACAUUUGAGACAUUCACGCACAACAUGGGGCUCCUAAUCUCGUCAGUUUUUACCAGACUGUUCGGCAAGAAACAGAUGAGAAUACUUAUGGUGGGUUUGGAUGCUGCAGGGAAAACGACUAUCUUGUACAAACUGAAGCUGGGAGAAAUAGUGACCACCAUUCCAACUAUCGGCUUUAACGUGGAGACGGUGGAGUAUAAGAACAUCUGCUUCACGGUGUGGGAUGUUGGUGGUCAGGACAAGAUCAGACCCCUCUGGAGACACUACUUCCAGAACACACAGGGUCUGAUCUUUGUAGUGGACAGCAACGACAGAGAGAGAGUGGCUGAGUCUGCAGAGGAGCUCUCUAAAAUGCUCCAGGAGGAUGAGUUGAGAGAAGCAGUGUUGCUGGUGUUUGCUAACAAGCAGGAUCUUCCCAAUGCUAUGGCAGUCAGCGACCUCACAGACAAACUGGGACUGCAGAGCCUCCGCAGCAGAGUGUGGCACGUGCAGGCGACCUGUGCGACCCAGGGCACAGGACUGUAUGAAGGACUGGACUGGCUUUCCAACGAGCUGUCCAAGCAAUAACACCGGACAUCACAAGAGAGAAAAGCCGAGAACGAGAGUGAACCACAGAGAUAGAAGACUGACACCUUCAAUCAAGAGAAGUUUGGUCUUGAAGAACUUGUGCCCAUAGAAUGGACAGGACUUGUGGACAAUGCAAUCAAUACAUACAUACAUGAACAGCUUAUUAUUUUACUACUCUUUUUACUUCACUUUCUUUUACUUUAGACGAGUAUCUGAAGGGAUAACAGUAAUCUUCACUUUUUCCCAACCUCAUAUUUUGCAGCAGAUAAACUGACGCUUUCAAUUGCGUGUUUAGCAAAUGGCUGCUCUGAGACACCAUGGAGAUGCCUCUUCCUCUGUAAAGUGUUCUGCUGGGUUGACGUUGCCCACAACCACUGAUCCUGGGUCAGACCUUUUUAAAUCUGCCUAUGGUUAAGAUUAGGAUUGGGGGUGUUGUAAUCUGAUCCUAGAUCUGUGGUAAAGGGAAACUUCUACCACAAACUGUUCAGGUCCACUAGACCUCAUGGACAUUUUCGUUGAAACAACCCUGACCCUUUACCUCUCACCCCUGUGACCUCACUGCCAUGCUAUUUCACCUCUGUAAGGGACAGACGUUUCUAGAAUGAGAUUAAGAAUAAGAUGACAGUGAUGUCAUAAAUCUCCAGUUUGAGGAAGUUUUUCUGCACUGGGAGCCAAAUGGAACUCCUCCCAGUGAAUGGAACAGAAUGGAACCACUGGAAACAGUUUGCUCCUGGUACUACCUGUUUUCGCCAUAUUAUUGUAGGGUAGCUUUGCUCUGGGCUCUCCAAAUAGAAAAGAGGAGAUGCUUUUUAUGGGCCACAAUUAUGUAAUAACCCAUUUCCUUAUGUGCUUUGAUGUAAGCUGUGGGAAGCUGAAAUUAGUAGGUAGAAGUUGCCGCUAAACGUUGAAACAGGUGUUUGAUACUUUUUCAUCCUCCUAAUGAUUCAGGUUAGGAUGGGUAACCUGAUCCAGGAUCUGUGGUUAGGUACAACUUCUACCUCGAAUGAGCUCAAACGACAUACAUUUUUUUUGGUCUUGUCUAGUGAGAAUGUGCACCUCCUAACCCAGGCUGUGGCCCUGUUCUAUUACUUAGAAAAUGAUUUCUUUCCUCUCGCCCGUCCUUGAAGUUAUUACAUAUCUGAAGUAUUGGCUUGAAACAAUGGUGUCAAGGAAGGAAAGGGAAGAAGGCGGAAGGAUGUGUUUUCUAAGCAUUGAAACCAGGCCAAUAUCAGUGUUGUACAGUUCAGUGGCAUGCUUGGCUCAGCAGUGCUUGCUUGUUUGUUACCGGGCGCACUCUUCUGGUAUUUGAUGGCUGAUGUUGAGUGCUUAAUCUGACCCUCCCACACACACCCCUGCAUGUCCCUGAGCUGUGCAUACAUUCCAACUGACGGAUGCUUCUGGAAACUACAUAAAGCUGCCACUCAACUUUGAAUGACAUGAUAACUAAUUAUGUUUUACAAAACAUGUAUAAAUAAAUCCACCUGUUAAAUUGU